GUGCAAGCAACUGUUUGAACACGUCGGCAAACGUUGAUCUCCUGCACUAUCUCCACGACGCUCAAAUUUCAGGACCAUCAUUUGGAGAACUGCAGCACGUUGUUGGAGGAUAUAGGAGAAGUGGACACGUCAAAACAUGAAUAUUUUUCGGUUGUUUGGGGAUUUGGCCCACUUGGCCUCUAUAUUCAUCCUUAUUCAAAAGAUUCAGAAGACCAGGUCAUGCAGGGGUAUUUCCUUCAAGACACAGGCUCUCUACGCCCUCGUGUUCGUGACACGCUACGUCGACCUGCUAUUCCGCUGGGUAUCUGUUUACAACUUGGUGAUGAAGUUAUUCUUCAUUAGCAGUAGUUGUUACAUCCUCUACCUCAUGAAGUACCGUUUCCGUCCAACGCAUGACCCCUCCAUUGACACGUUCAAAAUUGAAUACCUCCUUGGGCCAUCCUUCUUUCUAUCGCUGAUAUUCAACUACGCGUUCGAGCCGACCGAAAUCCUCUGGACAUUCUCCAUAUAUCUUGAAUCUGUCGCCAUUUUCCCCCAGUUGUUCAUGUUGCAGCGUACUGGCGAGGCGGAGACAAUUACAACGCACUACCUGGCUGCUCUGGGUCUUUAUCGUGCUCUGUACCUUCCCAACUGGAUAUAUAGAUACUUUACGGAGGACUUGAUAGAUCCCAUAGCUGUCACAGCUGGACUGGUGCAAACCGGGCUUUACCUCGACUUCUUCUACGUCUACUUUACAAAAGUCCUCCACGGCCAGAAGUUCGAGCUUCCAGCAUGAGUUGGCAUAUUUUGGUCUAUCAGAGUCCGACAUGUCAUUAAUCAGAGCUUUGCCUAUUACGAACCGCUCUUGGA